AUGCAACAUGCCCGGAUUUUCAACACCACCGGCCGCACCACCACAGACCCGUCCCAGCCCCCGAGUCGCGGUCACGUGCGGCCCCUGCGUUCGUCUCUCCCUCCAGACAAACUCCCCCCCACCAAACGUGUGUCUUCCGCCGGCUUUAUGAGUUCCAACCAGGCAAGCCUCAUAGUGGGAUCUCCUUCAAUUCGGUCCAGUUCAUCCAGCAUCCAGGCUCCUCGUAGCCUCAACCCCAAGAGCUCCGACAACACCAUCGUUGUCGGCCGCCACUACGAUAGAAAAUUCGAUUUCGAACGGUCCAGCGUAUUUCGAGAUGGCGCCAAAAGGUCCAUCUCUCAUAACGACUCAAUUGACUUGCCAUCCACCGUCUCUGCCAGAGACCCCACGAUUCCGGUCCAGCUAACCAUCUGGUUCCACGAAAUGCGGACUUCCACCGAAGAUUUCAUGGUUGAUUUGAAUCUUCUCUCUGGGUUCAAAGUUGGCGAUGUGCUCGAAGUGGAACCCAUAGAUAAUAAGUCUACCGACGUGGGCACCAAGCCCCCGAAGAAGAUCGUGUUGAUAAUUAAGGACCUGAACCUCCUCAAUUCCACCUUGACACCGGUAGCUUCUGCCACCACCGCUGGGUCGGUGUCGACGCCGAUUUUGAAUCCGCAGCUCCCAGCCAAAACAAAAAAUGUUCUUCAGCUAUCGUUGAUUGCCAACCCACUUCAACGGCUGUUGGACUUACUACCACGGAGUCUCGUCCAGGUGCGUAAGAUCUCCGACUUGACGUCGGUGGAGGCUGACACCAUCGAGAUUUCCAUAAAAAACUUGAACCUUGCUCGAGACUCCAUGUGGAUUCUCACUAGCCAGUUGGUCAAUUCUUGUGUGUACAUGGGCAAAAGAGUGUCGUUUUUACAUAGCCGGGUGGGGGUCAUCAAGAGCAUCUACAAGGAUGGACACAAAGUGUUCAGCGGGUACAUUGGUAAAAACACCAAGAUUGUAUAUCGGUCCGAGAGUGCCAAAUUGGUCUUUUUGAUCCAGACAUCAAGAGAAAUGUGGCACUUUGAGGAGAGUGGGGAAAUCAUGUUCCACAAGUUGGUCAACAACUUGUUUCCCCGGAUCUUUCGAAAAUGGCGGGACAAAGACGUGCACCACUCCAUAACCAUUGUGUUGUUCACGAGUGUGGACUUGACCGACAUUCCUUGGACCUCGUUGGGGCACGGCGAGCGGCCCAAUAAGGUCAAGGAGUACUUCCGAGUGGUAGUGGAUCAGGUCAAUAUCUUCCACUGGAACCGGAUCAUGGAGAAUUUGCGAUUGGAGUUUGCAAACUUCAAAAGAGACAUUUUGUUGAACCGGAUGAAUGCAGAGAGUGGUGGAGGCACUAGCACCUACUCCCUUGAAGGGUUUGUCUUACCUUCGGUGAAGGGGAACAUUUUGGAGGCCAUCAACGUUGGCUUGAGCUUGAAGAAAGAUAAGUUCACCGAUACAGACUUGAAGCACAGUUUGGGAAAUCUUAUUUUAAUUACUCCCGGAACCGGUCUAUUUGACGUCGACUACAACUUGAUGUUGGAAACAAGCAAAAAAAUGGCCGGUAUGGACAGUGCAUUAGAUAUUGUUUGUUUAAGUCAGGCUCCUUUGCAUAUUGUUCCGUUGUUUCGCUUCAAGGAUCUCUCCAAGAAUGGGAAGCUUUCUCACUGUGUUCCCAAUUGGUGUGACGUUUCGUUUUUUAGAGAUGCUUCAAGUACCAAUGAUCAGUGGAUUCCACGGUGUAAGAUUUAUGAGUUGCAGAUGAUGGGGUUGAUGGAAAAUGAGGUGAAUGAUGUUGAGAUCGAGAGAUUCAAACUCUUCAAGAACGAGAAGUCGUUCAUCGAGUCGAUGGAUGACUACGAUUCGGACAUCUUUAAGCCCAUAAAGGAGGCCACAGACCCAAUAGAGAUGAACUAUUCAUUCAGCCAAUCCAUAGCAGAAGACGGCUUUUCCAAGCCUUUUAAAAGCGGCACUCCCCAAGGUGUACAUGAUUCGUUAUUGUUGAUGAACAACGUCAAGAUUCCAAACCUCAGACCCAAGUCUUCAGCCGCCAAGUUCAAUAUUGGCACCACCACCUCGACUGUCUUGGGUACGGUUUCGAAGAUCACGGUGGAGGGAAGUGCCUUAUCAACGUUGUACCAUUUGAAGGAGACAGAUGAAGUGAACUCUCCUAUUUUAAAGCCCCGACUGAUUUCUUCAGGUAAUAAUUCCAUGAAGAGUUUUUCAAUAUCAUCUCCUCCAAAAUUUGACCGAAUGCACCCCAAGAUCAUCAAAACAGAUGAUAUUUUAAAGCCAAAGGAUAUCAAGUAUAUCCCUUCACGACGCAAAGAAAGAGAACGGUCCGAGAACUCGAUUUUGAAGAGGAACACUCAAAUGUCCACCAACUCUCUUGACAGUACCACCAAUAAAGAACCAGAAGAACCCACCAACUAUUUCUGGACAGAAGUCUCUAAUCCCUCCAAAGAGCUGCACUCGGAUGCCUUGUUGUUUCUUAAGCAAGGAAAGUGGAGUCAAGUGUUUCCUCCCAACAUUAAACGGAAUUUGGUCAAAUGGAGGUCUUUUGAAGCACCUGCUGCUCUUCCGGUGUUUCAGUCGAUAUUCCCCACCUGGAAAGAGCUCAACACAAAGUACACCACUCAGAUCUAUUCCUUGGUUUUGAAUUUCGAGAAUCGGUUGCAAUUGGAUUCCAUUGACGAUUUAACGAGGGAGAUGAUCCAGUUGCGGUUGCUUGUAGGAUUUCAAAUUUGUGAUUCCGAUCAAGUGAGUAAAGUGGAAAUGGAGAGAAACCCUGGUAGUUCAGCAGAUGGUCUAAUCAAGUACUAUCAAGAAGACUUCAGUGGGACAAAAAUCUAUAUGAUGUUAGACAAUGAGAUCCACAGAAUUCAUAAUGAUGGGGUGUCUAUUGGUGUACAAUUAUACCGAAAAAUAGAAGAUUCUGCGUAUCUGUCAAUUUUUAAAACAGCUGGAUUCGAUUUCCAAAACCAUAAACCUUUGAUCAGAACCAGGUAUGCCGAUGAGUAUAUCAAGUCCAGCAUUAAUUUUAUCGAACAGAAACCAAAAAUCUUCAAUUGGAAUAAAUUAGAUCAACUUCUUGCAGGGUACGAUGAUGCGUUACCUGAAGAAACUCAAACUUUCUUCAAGAUGAAGUUUGUGGUGAUGCCAGCCGACAUUCCCAAGAAUGCAUUUUUUAUUUCAAACGAGCAUUUGACAGAUGAAGAAAUCCGUGUUGAAGGAUUGAGAAAGUUGAUAGCAGUUAUUGAGAAGGGUAAAUGUGCUUCCAAGGAUGACGUGACAAAAGCCAAGGAGAGCGUUCCCGAGAUCCAAUUUUAUACUGGCAACUUGUACGAAUUUUUGAGCGAACAAGCAGAAGCCUUGGAGAAUACCGGCCAAAGGCCCAGCUCAUUGUUGGCAUCCGAAAAACUUAACAAAUCCAUAAAGAUCAUCAACUUGGCCCAUGAAAUCCAAAGCCCUGGAGGCUUAAGGAUCGUUGAUAGAACCUGGCAUUUCAACACUCACCAGAAUUGUUUCAUUGGGAACGAAUUCGUCACUUGGUUGAUAGAGAAAUUUGAAGAUAUCGAUACUAGAGAGGAUGCUGUGGCAUAUGGGCAAUCUCUCAUGGAAAAGAAGUUGUUCAAGCAUGUAGCUGACAGACACGGAUUCUUGGAUGGAUACUACUUUUAUGAAUUGGAACCAGAAUAUAUUGACAAGACCUACAAACCUGGCAAGACGUCUUGGUUCAGCAGAAAGAAACCCGAAAGAGAAAAGGAACACACCCCAGUAUCCAAAAACAACUCCGAUACUGAAUCAUUCAAGUCACCUAGCUUAGCCCCUGUUGAAUCUCCAGAUUUAAGACGAAUUGCCAGUAUAGGUGCACAGCUUAACAACAACGACUCUGACGUGUCGUCAAACGCCGAAUCGGCUGGUUCUAAGGCCAAGACCAAGAAAAAGUUUGUGUUGAGUAAAUCAGUCCAGUACAAUGCCGACCUGUUGAAAAAAUCAUACAAGUCAGAAGUAAUAACCGUACAUUACGACAAGGUACACAACCCUGAGCACUGUUACCAUAUACGCUUGGAAUGGAUGAAUACUUCUGCCAGCUUUAUUGAUGAAACGAUCAGUAACUGGUCUCGAUUGUGUGAACGGCAUGGGUUGAAGUUUGUGGAGACUCCGUGGAAAGAGUUGUGUAUGAUUCCAACCUUGAAUGCCUUCCACUCCUUUGUGGAUUUGAAGCUUGCGGUGAACCCACUCUUUGAUCCUGAGUUUACAUCUCCAGAGAUCCUGACCACAAACCCGUUCUACUACCAUUUGUAUUUGUUGAAGAAAACCGGGUUUUUGUUGGAUAAUCGGUCUGCUCUCUACUUCAUGAAAGAAAACAUUGAAAUCAGUUACAGUUGGGGGAAACCGUCGUUCAAGUAUGCCCAGUUCAUCCAUAAGACCGGCUCUUACAUCGUGGAAGUCAGGGACAAUGGAGACUUCUUUUUGGCCCCUAACAACAUGCACAUUGUUCGCAUCAACGCACCCGUAUCCAACAUGCUUGAUUUUGACUACAACUUGAACUCGUAUACCAUAGAUUCCCAGAAGGUGAUGUUGGGAUUGAAGAAAACCUGUACUAGUCCGUCAUCAUUGAGAAAAAUAUUCAGAGAAGCCAAGGAGCUGUGGAGAGAAAACUAUCUGAAGGAUGUGCUUCCCACCGACAUUUAG